AUGGCAUGUAGCAUAGAUGUGUAGAGUUUUCGUUCUGUAGCGGCACGUUUAAAGUAAAAAAAGAACUAGUGAUAUUAAUAGUGAAGGGGAGAUUAACACAAAGGAAUAUGACCAGGAAUAGUCAUUGUGUGGAUUAUUGAUGUGAAAAAAUUGUGAACGGCUUAACAUAUUCCUUUAUAUUUAUUUCUGUGCAAUUAAACAUAAUUAGUCGUGCGACGAGACCACAAAAGGUGAAAAUUAAUAUAAUUUGUGUAUGGACAUAGCCUACAAGAUUAAGGAUUUACGCUCUCUUAUAUUACACAUUCGCGUGGAACAUGUUGUAAUUUCCCUUAACAACGUUUGCAUCAUCUUCCUUUCUCCUUUUUUUUUCUCACUCACUUGAAGUGCACCCAACGGAAAAACAAAGAAAAAAUAAAGCAACAAAAAGUACGAAGUAGUAAAGGAUAUAAAAAGCAUCUUUGUGCAAAAAUUAUCUUUCUCUCAUCAUGUCGGAAAUUUUUCGUCAUACAAAGAAAAAUGUCUUGAAGCUUUUUCGUAAGUUAUCACUCAAGUCUACGGCAGAGUCGAGUAGCAACGAAUAUAAAGCAAAAUAUCAACCCCAAAAGAACCAUUCGAUUACAAUUUCGCCCUCAUCGAAUGGACAUAGUAGGAUGAAACGUUUAAGUCAUAAAAAUAACAAAAGAGAUAGCACGAGACAUAAAAAGUCAAAAAAUGAUGAUCUGGAUGAUGAUGAUGAUGAUUUUACAGUACCAGAUCGAAAGCGUCAAAGCUAUAUAAAGAGCUGCAUCAAGAAACGUCUCAACAAUAAUUACGAGAAACAAAUUAAUUGUAUUCAAGAUGAAAAUGUGGUAUUUACAGAUAAUAAAAUUUAUAUUAGCCUUAGUGCUAGGACACAUUCGUCUCUCGGCUCAAAUAAUUCCCUAAAAAAGAAUCGAAGAGUAAUUUAUCCGACAAGUGGACCGUGCAAAUUAAACGGAUUCUUAAGGCAUUACGAUUUUAGUUACGAUGACGAUAAUGAGUCAGAACUAUCAAAAAGCGCAAUUGAAAAUAGUGAGGAAAAGCUGAAAUUUAAUAUUAUGAAAGAACAGUCAUGCUUAUCGACCAAUUCCCUAGAUAAUGUUGUAUUUGAAAAAGUUAAAGUAAAGCCAUCAUCCCCAUGUUCGUCUAAUAAUUAUGAAUCGCCGUCAUCGUACAUCCACGUUAAUAAUGAUGACGAGAGAAACGACGAUUCAAUCUUGACCAGCUCAACAUUUAUAACAUCAUAUGAAGCUGACGAUGAGGAUGAUAUACAAUGGAAAAACUUUCUAGAACUUCGGAAGCAUGGCAAGCCAAUUAAUAAUGCGAGUCAGUUAAAUGACAGUGGAUUUGGAUCUCAGCUGUUCUUCUCGACGAAUUAUAAUAAUAAUAGUAGUUAUAACAAUAUGAGAGCAUUAGAUACAUGGCAGGAUGAUGAAACGUAUGACAAUUCAUUUAAUGAAGAACUCGAACAGCGUGUCUCCAUAAUGUUUCCCGAUUUAUAUAAAGCAAGUUCACAAAGUGCGCAUUUUAAUAAUAUCAACAAUAUCAAUCACGUUACUGCUGAAAAGCUCUCCUAACUUCUUUAAUUUUCUCCAUUUCAAUACAAACUCACACAUGAGAGCAGCAUGUAGCAAGACGUAGGAAAACGAAAAGUAAUAUUUGGUUCUAUUAGAAUACACAUUGAAUUGAUACGCAUUAGAAAUAGAAUAAACAUUUUUAUUGGUGUGGAAUUUGGAAAAGAAUGAGAUUAGUUUUGUAAUAGUCUAUAUUGUAUAUUGGAAAGAGUUUAAAGCGCAUUUUUCUUGUGAUUGAUCAAUUUCCGUCCCUACUAAGUUUUAACGGCUUUUUUUAAAUUCAAAAAUUUUAAUACUUGAUCUAACUUCAGGUUUAUAAAAUUGAAAUAUUUUUGAUGCGUUUACGUAAUUAGAUUAG